ACUUAGGGCCAUGGCCGCCCCAGGGAUGGGUUUCCGCCGCCUGGGCGCCCUGUCGGGAGCCGGGGCCUUGGGCUUGGCGACUUACGGGGCGCACGGUGCCCAGUUCCCAGAUGCCUACGGGAAGGAGCUUUAUGGCAAGGCCAACCAGUACCACUUCUUGCACAGUCUGGCCCUGCUAGGGGUCCCUGCUUGCAGAAAACCCCUCUGGGCUGGAUUACUACUAGUCUCCGGGACCACCUUGUUCUGCACCAGUUUUUACUAUCAAGGUCUGACUGGAAACUCCAGCAUCCAGCCUUUGGCCCCUGUGGGCGGAAGCCUGCUGAUCUUGGGCUGGCUCGCCAUGGCUCUUUGAGCUUCCUUGUGUUUUGAUGAAUUUAUUUUCUGGUGAAUUUAUUUUUUUUGAAAACUGGAGCAGGGAGGGAAUUAAAGUUGAAAGGCAAAUGGAAAA